AACUCUCUCUAAAAUAAAAAUAAUAAUAAUAAUAAUUCUCUCUAUCUCUGGGUCCAUGAUGACGAUGAUGAUGGAAUAAGGGAUGGUCCUCAGAAAACUCCCUUCUUUCAAAUUAAGAAAACCUAAUUUCAGCUCUCGAAGCCCCGCGGCCGUCCGGUUCGGGUCCCCGAUAAUGUCUUCCUCUCUGCUCACCGCAGUCUCAGCAUCAGCUUCUUUCGUCGUCAACGAAGACUACCACCAUCGGAAAAAAAUUGAAACUAUUUCGCUUGGACACACCACCCGCCCUGAUUUUCCCAUUCUUCACCAGGAGGUAAAUGGCUCGAAACUUGUCUACUUGGACAAUGCGGCAACCUCUCAGAAACCCAAUGUUGUUUUGAAGGCUUUACAAAACUAUUAUGAAGCAUACAAUUCAAAUGUGCACCGGGGGAUCCAUUUCUUGAGUGCAAAGGCAACAGAUGAAUAUGAAUUAGCAAGAAAAAAGGUGGCAACUUUUAUCAAUGCAUCUGACUCUAGCGAGAUUGUUUUUACAAGAAAUGCUACUGAAGCUGUCAACUUAGUUGCUUACUCUUGGGGCCUUUCAAAUUUAAAAUCAGGAGAUGAGAUUGUGCUAACAGUUGCUGAACAUCACAGUGCUAUUGUUCCUUGGCAACUUGUAGCUCAAAAGACUGGUGCUGUUUUACGGUUUGUGAGCUUAACUGGAGAUGAAGUUCCAGAUACUGAGAAGUUGAGAGAGAUGCUCUCAAGGAAGACAAAACUUGUGGUUGUUCAUCACAUCUCAAAUGUGCUUGCUUCUGUUCUUCCAAUUCAUGAAAUUGUGCUUUGGGCACAUGAUGUUGGGGCAAAAGUGGUAGUAGAUGCUUGCCAAAGUGUUCCACACAUGGUGGUUGAUGUCCAGAACCUUGAUGCUGAUUUUCUUGUUGCUUCUUCUCAUAAGAUGUGUGGGCCUACAGGCAUUGGAUUCUUAUAUGGUAAGAGCGAGCUCUUGUCUGCCAUGCCUCCCUUCUUAGGUGGUGGUGAAAUGAUCUCUGAUGUAUUCUUAGAUCAUUCAACUUAUGCUGAACCUCCAUCCAGAUUUGAAGCUGGGACACCUGCCAUUGGAGAAGCAAUUGGGUUAGGAGCAGCAAUUGAUUAUCUCUCCGGAAUUGGCAUGCAAAACAUUCAUGAUUAUGAGGUAGAACUGUCUAAUUAUCUAUAUGAAAACCUACGAUCAGUCCCCAACGUACAAAUAUAUGGCCCAGUACCUUCCCAAACUGUCCAGCGAGCUGCGCUUUGUUCUUUCAACGUUAAAGACAUUCAUCCUACAGAUAUUGCAACUUUUCUUGAUCAACAGCAUGGAGUAGCUAUUAGAUCUGGUCACCACUGUGCACAGCCCCUCCAUCGAUUUUUAGGAAUCAAUGCAAGUGCACGGGCAAGCCUUCACUUUUACAACACAAAAGAGGACGUUGAUGACUUCAUUCAUGCUCUUAAUGACACAGUCGGCUUCUUCACAUCUUUCAAGUAGCCGAGAUCCUCUGUGAAUGCUGGACGCGUUUAAAUUGGGUUCUUUACUUUGCUUAUGUUAUGAGAGAGGAGUAUAUUGUACAAUGGAGGUUGGAGAAUUCAUGUGGCCGAACCCACUCAUAUGGGAUUGAGGCAAGGAUGAUGAUGUAUAAUGGCAUCCGCUUUCUUCCUUUUUUCCUUUUUUCCUUUUUUUCUUUUUUGUAAUCAUAAUAAGAGCUAUUCAUGAGUCAGUAAAUGAUUAAUGAGUACUUGUACAUCAACCGUUGGCAUGA